AUGCCUCCCAAAGCCUUCGACAUGACCACGCUCGACGAGGUCCUCGCCGCCUACGGCGCAGUAGCCUCCACGGCCACCCGAGCAACCUCCACCACCGAAGCGCCACCCAUGGAAGACAUGGAGUCUGUCGUCCUCGACAAACAAGGCCGCCUUUUCAUUGACGUGGUCGGGGCCGACCGCGAGGCACCACACCACAAACGGACGUACCGCCACAGGGUCUCGUUGGAAGCCAUGGCGCGGGCUUCGCCCAAAUGGAAGGAAACAAUAUUCGGGCCUGAGGGGCAGCGGCAGCAACCCACCGACGAAGAAAAAUGGAUCAUCCAACUGCCUGACGACGAGCCCCUCCCCAUCACCAUCCUGCUCGCCUUGAUCCACGAGCAGCCAAAGUGGGUGCCGAGAUGGCACGACGACACGGAUGAUACAGACUUGGAUACCGACACGGAUACAGACACCGAGACAGACACGGCCGGUGUUUGCACGCAGAUCGCCAAGACGGUCGCCACGGCCGACAAAUACGGCGUCCUGCCGCUUCUCCGGCCCUUCGUCCGCGACUGGCUGGCCCACGCCCGCCCGCGCUUCAAAGCCCACACCCAGGGCGACGGCCGUGUCCUCAAGAGCCUGGACCCCAAUGCCGUUCACCGGCUGGAAGUGGCCUGGCAGCUGGGCGCCGUGAAGUUGGUGAAGGAACAUAUCAGCAGAAUCGCCUUGGCCUCGGGCUCGAAGCUGGACGUUCUGGGCCAGCUGCCCACCGAGGCGAAUGACGCCGUUGGCAUCUUGGCGUCGUUUCCGGAACUGCGCAGCGUAGUUGCGAAGUGUCGGAGCGCGGCGGUCGAGCAAAUCCUAGCUUUUUUUCAUGGGCUCUUCGCCGAUCUCCGCGGCGAGAAGGGGAACUGCAAAGUGGAUGAAGAUGAAACCGAUCUGGUCUUUGAGGAGGCUGAGGAGCGCGCGGCCUGCGACAUGUGGAUACUCGAGUAUAUCUCGAAGCGUAGGGAGGCGCUGGAGAAGCUCAUCGGGGAGAUCCCGGAGGAGGCCAAGAAUUACCAUGGGAGCACCCACCGCUUGCUAAACACCAUCGGGCAUGUCCUUGGCGUGCGUUGCGCCGGGGGGCCCAAGCGAAUCCCGUGGCACGAGUGCGUCGAGACUCUCUACGAGGACUACGAGGACCUUGCAGAGGAGUUGAUUCUCCGCUGGAAGGGAUCGGAAUCUGUCUUGGAGCCGAACAAACUUGAGUGGCUCGAGAGGCGCCGCGAUAUUCUGGCGGCGGAUGGUUGCUCUUCUUGA